UUAAAAGUCACCACCAAAAGCAUAUCGCAACACAGCAUCCACGCACUAGCUUUUUGGUAAAGAGAGAGUAGUUGCAUUUUUGGCUAUACAAUAAAAAUUGCCAAUCCCUGCAGCUCUUUUCAUCCUCAGCGCAUAAGGAUGCUGAAAGAUAUAAGCCAAAAGUUACGCAGCAUGUACCAACCAACAGAUCUCAAUAUGCAGAAAGAGCCAAGACAAUUGCUUGAGAGUUGGUUGAAUAAAUCUGUUCGUAUUGAAGUCUCGGACGGUCGAGUCUUUUUCGGAGAUUUCAUGUGCACAGACCAUGAAGGUAGUGCUAUAUUGGCAAACACAACAGAAUGGAAUCAAGGUCGUAAUCGAAAUGUGUCAAUGGUCGUAAUUCCCGGGAAACAUAUUAAAAAGUUUUCUGUUCACGCUUAGAAUAAGGAAAGGAUCACAAAAAGAAAGAAAAAACUACAAUGAAAAAGAAACGUGACCAGCAAUAAUGAAACAACAACGAUUUAGAGAACAAUCUCUUAAGCAGCAAUACCGGAUAGUUGCUUACAAGUCGAGGAUAUCACGAAUGUGGGAAGAUGACUCUGAUGGCGCAGAGGGAGCGGGCGAAGAUGUCGAGGACGUGGGAUUGGGUGAUGCUUCAAAGGCCUUAAAUAAGUCCAUUGCAUGGGUAGAAGGUUGCGAAGUAGGCGUAGGUGUUGCGGUAGAAGAGGAAAAGUCAAUAUCCAAAAGGUUCUCAACAUUUUCA